AUGAUGACGACCAUAGCUCCGGCAACUGUCCUCAUUGCUCUGGGUCUAGCUGCAUGCGCUGUGUCCUUACUCAUGUGGAAGAGGCGAGCGCGCUCGCAGGAGGAUCGGACGAGACAACGGAAGAUCGAUCCCGGCUUCGCAGAGGAAUGGGCACCAGUGUCAUUUCAGUAUCCAGAGAUUGCAGCCUUCGAACAUGACGUCGAUCACUUCCCUCCGCGGCCCUACAGACCCUUCAAACCCGGCACAUAUCACGUGACCAUGGGUAUACGGAACAUGAAUUGGAAUGACUGGAUCGAGUUGGACAGUCAAUUCCUUGAGUGGCAUCGCAUUCGUUCAGAGCGCAUCACGGCCAGAGGUUCCCAAUUGAUCCAUGUUCUUCCUGAUCGUCCCAUCGUUCGUGGGGCACAGCCCGCUGCCGAGGAGCUCGUACAAGAACUAUCCGAGUUCCUUGUCAGACGAUACCCGAGCAUGUACAGUGUAACGCGCGAUGAAUCUGUAGACGGAUGGAACGGCGCGGGGAAGGUCACGACUGUCACCAUACUUCCGACGAAGGAAACGUAUGACGUGUCUGUCGAGCCUAUGCGAGUGGCUGCGCUGCUCAUACCGGAUGAUCUGGCUAUCCUCAUCAAGGGUCAAGACGGUCAAUAUUACCUACAAGGAGGCGCGAUCAUCGUCCCAGGAACCUGGAGGCUGAAAGACAAGAUCGGUAUGCCGCUGGAUGAGAUCCAUAUCACAGGCGAAGUACCAUAUUAUAAAGAGAAACUGCAGCUCUCUAUGAAUCGAUUCUUUUCCCGCCUACCCGUAGACAAACCUGUGGUACGCAACAACUGGUUCUUCCAAGCCGUGCUCCCGCGCGACGUGGCCGACCCACACGAUCCCGAAGAGCUCGGUUGGUACAAGAGUGUGAUGGGUUCCGAGGACGACUUUGUACACGUGCCAUCUUCGUAUCUUCUGGAGAUGGAGGCUCUGGCAAAGGAGAAGACAGGGAAGCAACACCCUGCGCAAGCAUACGACGCAGAGAAGCCACAGGCCACGACAACGAAACAGCAGAAAUGUAAGGCCGGCGCGGACAAUGAAACACCUUCACCAGUACUCCCCAUCACGGUCGAUCGCAUACGCCUGCGCUCUGAGCGUCAGACGCUGCGAAGGCUUCCCCGUACAGGCGCCAUUGUCUUCACGGUCCGGACGUACAAGACGCCCCUAGAGCAAUUGGCGCGCGAACCAGGAAUGGCCGCGCGGUUGGCUGCCGCGCUUCAAGGUGUCAAGGAGGGCGCACCUGAAACCUACUCGAGGAUGCUAUCGAUGAAGGGCCUGGAGAAGGUGCUGUUAGACUAUCUCGACGCUCGAGCAACAUUAGAGGGCGCCCUUUGA